AUGCGUGGAAAGUUUCAAUGGAUCGAGAAGAAUUCAUUUCCAAUAGUGCAAUCGCUGGACCAAAAUCCAUUUUUAUCAUGCAAGGCAGCAGGAAUAGGUAAAACGGAAAACACUAAACAGAAUGACAGGAAAGUGGCACAGUCAAGGACCUUAACGUUGGCACUCAUACAUGCUGGCCCAAAAAAAGUGUUCCAUUGCGAGAAGCAGUGGGACUUGCAAUCCCAAGAUUACUAUGCCAGUGAGGAAGUGCUGGAGGAAUCACACGAGAAAAGCCAUCUGGAACUGGAUGAUAUUUACGACGAGGUGUUUCGCUUAAAGCGGCGCAUAAGUCGACUGAAUUACCAACUUGAUACCAAUAUACCAGAAUGCCCAAACAUCGAUCUCUGCCAGGCCGAUCAUAUAUUUUUGAUGAAUCCUCAACAAAUGCACCCCGAUAUUCUUCCGAUAAAGAUUGCGAACCAUAAACUAGAGCAGCAGCUGACUCAGAUGCAAUCCGUCGCAAAAUCAUCCAAUCUGGCCAAACAAAUGGCACGGGAUGACUACUGCAGAAGCCUGAAGUUAGGGGAUCAGUUGGAGAUUGGCAUUCACAAACUAGACUCCUUUAAGCUCAAGUUCGAAAAGCAUCAAGGACUAUGUCGUCAACGGUUUAGGUUCUUGAACCAAGAUAAGUUUGGUGGCAGGGACUUCGAAGAAUAUGUAGUUAAAAGUAAUGAAAUGAUAAGAACUCACCUCAAAAAGCAGAUAAUUAAGGAGGAAUACAUACCUUUUCGGAAACAAGCCGUUAGGGUGACAAUUUCUUUGAAAAAGUGCGCUGAAGAUUUGCAGGAUCAUCUGUCAAACGUGAUAACUAACAAGAAACGUGAAAUCUUCCAGAACCUAAAAAAUUCCUCUGUAUCCAUUCGUUCAGACCUUUAAUAACUUGAUGUUUUUGCAAUCUUCAUUUUGGUUCACUUCAAGUCGGCAACAUUGAACCUACUUAGUUCAUCCACAAUAAACCCACAAAGCCCUCUUUAAAUUGUUCAAUUUGUCAGGAUCCACGGCCGGCUUUCCAUAUGCGAGUUCCAUGAUUAUGUUGGUCAUCGGAGGAGUCGGGUCCACGU